AUGCCCUUCACUCGCACUCGCACGAAGAGCCAGUCUCACGGCGUGGCCCCUAACUUCCCCGCGUCGAAUGCACCGCGAUUCUUCCCUCCUGCGCACUUCGCCGCCGCCGGUAACAUCAAGAGUCCUACAAGAACAGAAGACCCCUCAUCGUUCUCCGGUCGUGCGGCUAUACCACCAAGCACACUUCCUCAUCUCCCCGCAUCACCCUCGUCUUCAUCGGCUGACGCUGCCGCCUCCUCACGGCUGGGGCAGCUCACGCGUAAACUUUCGCUUACGCGCAGCGGGUCUACCGGGGCAUCAUCCUCAUCCUCAAAGCCCAACACAAAGCGCGCUUCGAGCAAGAACGAACAUUGGAAGGGCGAGGUGCCAGAGCUUGAAGCUCACUUGCUACCGUCGUUACGCGACACGAUCGACAGGAUGACGCAUCCUUCGUCACCAAACCCUGGCAGCCGCCCGGCUCAACCGGCUGCUCCCUCUAUUGCACCGACGUACUCGGCGACAGCGCAGCGGUACCCAGCGCAACAGCAGAUGUCUCCGCAACGACCCUUUCCUCCAAACGACGGUUCGCGUCUGCCUACCCCGAGAUCUGGACGGAUACCAGUACCUGCUCUCAAGAGCGCGCUCAAAACACCUACAGCACCGUAUGCAGCGGCUUCACCUCAUCGCUCUCCGGGGAAGACAGCCCGAUUUGGGAAUGGAACGGGCGCUGCUGGCAGAGGCCCAUCUUCUAUACCGUUAAGGCAGGCUACAAGUGCGCCGUCUUCCGAGUUCUCUGAGCAUCGCCGGAACCGUACUGAUCCUGGGUCAGCUACGCUUCCUCCUGGCUCGAGGAUUCCAGCACGCGUACCGAAAACACCUCAGCCACCUGCUCGUACUCAAGCAGCGCAUGCUCCAGCGCUAUCAACGGACGUCUCCACGUCGAGUUGGGAAUGGGGUGCUGCGCCACGACGGCGGCUUGUAGUGGCGAACGCUACUGUUGAGCCAAGCUCCAGUGACAGCGACCGCGAUGGCUCAUAUGGUCGCGGUUACAACCAGUAUCCGUCGCAGCCCGAGUACACGCAUACUUCGCGCAGGCAACGAGGAAGCGAUGACCGCGAGUCGCCAACGCCGCAUGCGCGCCAGCGUGCAGAACCGCGAAGAAGUGUUGGAUUGGGACUCAACGUCCGCGUGCCGGAACGAAGCAUGCAUGUAGCGUACCAGGACGGCGGAGAUGACUCGGAGGCAGAACACUAUGAAGCGCAGAGGGCGGCAUAUGAAGAAGCUCGCUCGCUCGACAUGCGAGAUCACCACCGGGAGUUUCGACAACGCCAAGACGUCGGUCCUAUCGCCGACGAUGCUAGAACUGACGGCAGCGAGAGCACGUAUGAAGACAGCGAGUCCGAGUACAUUCAUCCGCCAUCUACCCCUCGACGCGACAGAGGCGCGCCAUCCCCACGACAAGCAGUUCAUGCUUCCUCGAAGAGUGCUCCCGUUAGCUCGCCCCAUAGUCGCUCUCGUACGGCGUCACCAUACGACGACCGUCGCCGCGAACGCGCUCUCUCAGGCAUAGUGGAUGUUCUGGAGCGUGAGGCUACAUUCGACCGUCUACGUAGAGAGGCUGUUACGGAGCUUCGCCAAGAAGAGUCGGAUGAUGGUUCGAGUGAAUACGGAGGUCAACCAGGGCUUGCUGUCAGCGGUGUUCACGAUCGAGGUCCGGGAGACGUUCGCGUUAGGGGCAAUGGUCGAGAGUCGGUUGCCGUCGAGGAUGACGACGAUUACUACCGCGGCGGCGCUCCAGAAUAUCUUGAAGAGCUCGGCGCAGAUUCAACACCGACUCAGCACUACCCUACCCCCUCUGCUUCUCGGCGCGCGUCUCGAGCUUCAGUAGCUUCGCCACGAUCGACGGUUCCUCAUAGGCACGCAUCGGACCCGUCGCAGUCGCAAACGAUCGCGUUUGACUCUCGGCGCGAGACCGCGCUUCGCCGGUUCCCGCCACCUCCAAUACACCCGCGGAACUCAGUUGCUCCACCCAAACUUGAGCGCUCCGAGACUUAUACCUUGAAUGAUCGCAUACGGCGCGAGGAAGCUGCCUCCAAAGCGGCGUUCGGUAUCUCAGAUAGCCCGCCACCGACCAUCCGACCGACAGAGAGUGCUACUACUAUCGGGAGCGACCGCUGGGAUGAGCAGGAUCAUGCUGAGGGUCUGAGCAUCGGAGUUGAGUCCAUCUUCGGGCAGAUGGAUGAGAUACGGGAAGAUAGUCCGGAGGCACAGUUACCUUGGACUCAAGGGCGGCAACGGCGGGACGACUUGACCCGUAGUUCUCCGCACCACGAUAGGGAUGGAAGGAGGUCGGAAUGGUCUGAGGCUAGGGAGCACAACAGUAGGAGGCGCUCAUGGGACGAGGAGGACUACGACGAUGCGGAACGCAGCAUACACGGCGAGAACAUGAGAAGGUCACCGCGACCACCCUCUCCACCAACUCUUCCAGCUCGACGAACGACCGCUCGUUCUCGGGAAGCAUCACGGGCACCAUCUCCAUAUCAUGAGCCGCCUCGUGGUCUGACAUCACCUCGCUCAGUUCAGUUCUCAACGUCGUCGCCGCGUCCAUUGCAGUCUUCCAACAGGGCGCGAGCCAACUCUAUGCCAUCAACUCCAUCAAUUGCGAGCCUCGUGGCGAGUGAAAGCGCGCAGUCCCUCUACAGUGAUAGCGCUGGCAACCCAGACGAUGAACCAGACACCCCGACAGUUCAGCCUCCUGAAGAUGCAGAGACGUGGCGCGCGACGCUAUCGCCCGCAGAGUUUGCCUCGCUACACGAUCGCUAUGGUGAAGUGGAAGUUGAACGGCAAGAGAUGAUCUGGGCCAUGCACUCGUCAGAGCAAUCGUUUGUCUCAGCAUGCCAGCGCGCUAUCAGCCUUUUCAUUCGACCUCUCCGUGCUCAAGACUCCCGGGUCUGGCUUCCGGGCAUGCCUCCGGCCAUCGCACGAUUGCUCGAUUGGUUUGAAGACAUCGCCCAUGCUCACGCCCAGCUAGUCUCUGCUUUGCAUGCCGCGCGGGUCGCCCAAUACCCCGUUGUGCUUCGCGUUGCUGAGACUUUGCGCACUUCCAUACCCCGCCUAGAGGUGCAUCAACCGUAUCUUGUGCGCGUGGAGGACGUCGUACGUGAGAUCCAGGCGAUGCGUGGAGAUCGCCGGAGUGACUUCGGCGAAUUCAUCCGACUACAGGAGCGCAGAGAGGAUGCGCAGGGCUGGACUCUGGACAGUUUCCUUCUAGAGCCGGUGGGUAGGCUGGAAGGAUACUCACAGCGGUUUCAUCGCCUAUGGGAGCUCACGCCUCGAGAUCAUUCGGAUCACCUUUCGACCUAUGCAUUGCUUCACUCGACUGAACUCAUGGUCCGCGUUAUGUUUGAGGUCAGAGCCCGAGAGCGCGAAUACGAUUUGGUCACCGAUAUACUCUCUCAAAUCCAAGGCUUACCGGCCUCACUCGGUCUGGCGAGUCGAGAGCGACGUCUGUUGGCCCGCGGAAGACUUGUCCGACAACACCAUGACCCUGCAGGACUAGACCAGGCCUCCCGAGCGAAGAGCCAUGCUUUCGGUUCGGCGCUCAUGCGCGCGCGAAUAGCUGAGAGGCAGCCCCAUCCCUUUGAUGCUCUGCACACCAGAUCGCAUCGUGCUGGAUCUUCGUCAAACUCGACCGACUCCUCUGCUCUUUCGCCGGCGUCACCGUUUACCGCAACAUCCGCGUCCCUACCGGACACGCCUGCAACGACGGAUGACUUUGAUGUCCACGAUACAUACGCACCGCACGACGACCCCUACACGCGUCCUCGCAGUACAUCGUUCCAUCUCCGAGCCCAAGCACCAUCAAAGCAAUCAACACUAUAUGUUUUCGUCUUCACCGAUCUGGCCCUCCUUUGCUCUCCCAUUCGACCGGUGGAUGCGCACAUCACGCAGAUCUGGCGGUUGCUGGAUGAUAUUGGUGUAUCGCGAGUCCUGAGUAUCCGGCGUGAGGGAGGCGCCCUGGAAGUCGACCUCCUGCCCAUCGACGCAGAUGAUCUCAAGAGUGGUGUUGAUCCCGAGACGGCGCCCGUAGCCGCCGCAACGCUCACAGUUCCCACGAUAUCUCCAUCGGGGGAGCCUCUCGAUGUUGAAGACGCCACAGUUCGAUGGGCGACUGCGUUCGAAGUUUGCGCACAGCAUACGCGCCGAGCCUUGUCCUUGCCGAUAUGGCUUUCGCGGGGGCUGGACUCACACUCAGACGCCCACUCAGUCAUGGCCAUCCUAUCAUCCGGCUUACCUCUUCCCAAAAGCCCUUCUGUACAACUCAACGAUAUCGGUCGCGGAAGAGGCGGUGACACCGUGCAGCAAGAGCGGGAGGAGCGAGGCUGGUGGUCCUUGCGCUUCCAGAGCGUGCUGCGAGAAACCCUCGGUCGACAAGAUAUGGCAUCUACGGGCGCAUUUACCCCUUCUAUGACACUGGGGGAGUUAGCCAGUAAAGAGGUUGUGACUCCAAGAAGGGAAGGCGCUGCAGUGCAGUCUCAGGAAGACUCGAGAAAGAUGGGCAAAAAGAAAUCCGGGCCGCCAGAAGAGGCUUUGCUGUUGCCUGUGCCUCCAUUCGCAAUAGGCAGCGCACCUAUCGUUGACACGCACACGCACCUGGUCUCUACAUUCGGAGCCUAUCGACAAAAGUACAAAGAGGGCCGAUUUGACACACUGUACGACUUCGUUCGUGGCGUGUAUGCUCCUGGUGAAGGGCGACCACGUAUCGAGAGCAUCGUGGACGUGUGGUGUGAAGCACCGGUACAACGAGUUUGGAAGGAGAUUGCGGACUCUGCACUGGAUGAAGCUAGUAGACGGGAGAAAUGGGGAGGGAUUGACUACUGGUUUGUCAUGGGUGUACACCCGCACGAGGCGAAAGUAUACGAUGACGCUGUCGAGAAAGAUAUUCUAGAAGCCAUGGCACAUCCUCGUUGCGUUGGAUGGGGAGAGAUCGGACUCGACUAUCACUACGAUAACUCUCCUCGCGACCUCCAACAACAGGUGCUCACACGACAACUACGCCAAGCUGUGCGCCUGGGAAAGCCGCUCACCAUUCACACACGAGAAGCGGACGAAGACAUCGAACGUAUUCUGAAGGCUGAAGUUCCCAAGGAGCACAAGAUCCAUAUACACUGCUUUACGGACACACCUGAGCUUGCUCAGCGACUCCUUGACCACUUCCCUAACUUAUUCAUCGGGAUUACAGGUGUCAUCACGUACGCCUCGAACCUGAACACCGCCAGCCUCGUGCGUCAAUUAGCGCAGAAGCCCGAACCUCCACGCAUAAUCAUGGAAACGGAUGCUCCAUACAUGGUCCCUUCGAACCUCUACGACGCACUUCCUGGCUUCAAAGGCCGUUUACCUUUGUGUCACACGGCUAUGAUACCAUGGACUGCUCAGUUUGUCGCGGAUGCGAUUGGGGGCGAUUGGGACGCUAGCAAGGUGCUGGAGCUAGGAAGGACCAACGCUCGCACAAUGUAUGGAGUGUGA